AACAAUGUCAGCCAGCUAACCCACAAACUGACUGGACAAGUCGCAGAAGCACUGUCCAGUCCCCUCGCCAUGACAUCGGCCUUCGUCUCAAAAUCCAAACGCGUCCGCUUCGAACUCACCCUCCGAAUCCUCGACUUAAACAACGUCCCACUCGUCACCGGCACCUCAUUCAUUAAAUGGCACCUCCCCACCUCCUCCGCAGCCGAACACCGCGGCCAAACAAACAAAUGUCCCAUCCGCGACCACCGCGUCCAAUACGACUAUGAAAAACAACUCACCGUCCGCCUCCACGUCGGCAAAGACGGAAUGCUCGAAGAAUGUCUCAUACAUUUCCAAGUCGAACAGGAAUACUCCAGCAGUGGACGAGGGGAACGCAUCAAAUUGGGGGAAAUCCAUCUCAAUCUUGCAGAAUAUGCGGACACGGCACUAGAACUCCCAUCGAGAGGCAUUACACGUCGAUACCUCAUGCAAGAAUCGAAAAUCAACAGUACCUUGAAAAUCGGGAUUCGAAUGCGACAUUUAGAAGGGACGCGGGAUUACUUUGCGCCUCCGUUGCGGACCGCACCGGUUUUUGGGGGUAUUGCGGGUAUCAUAUCUUCGGCGGAAGCGAAUAGUAGUACGCCGGGAGGAAUUGGAGGUAUUGAUAAUAAAGAGGUGGGGGAGAUGCAGGAUAUGUAUCGAAGGACGCUGGCGGCGUUUUGGACGAGUCAGCCGGGGGAGUUGAAGGCUGAUGAGUGUAUCGAGGAUUUGUUUUCUGGGGGCGAUGGGUGGGGGAAGGGAGGGAGGCCUGUGACUGCUGCGAGGAGUUUGCCUGGGAGUGGGGAUAGUACGCCGAAUGCUGGGGAUGGGGGGAUGAGUAGGGGUAAUAGUACGGUGGGGAAAGUUGAGGAUGGGAGUAGGCAUAAGCAUAAGUUUUCGUCGAGUAGUCAUCAUCAUCAUGGACAUCAUCAUAGGAGGGAGAAGAGCUUUAGGAAGGUACCUGGGGAGUUGGAGGAGAUGGAUGUGAGGGAGGAUCUGAUCAGCUGGCAGAUUGGGCAGAAGGCGUUUGGAUGA